AUGGAAUUAGAAGACGGUUUUGACGAUUUACUUGCCCAAAUCAGUGAGCCAACAUCUCCAAAGCAAGUAAAACUUGAAUCCGAAACUCCACAGCAAGUUCAGCCAGGAACAUCUAAGGAGCCUGUUUCUAAGCCGGCUUCUUCUAAGACACACUGUGUGUUAGUAAAUCAGAAACAGAGAGGAAAUCCAGUACUAAAGUUUAUAACAAGUGUUCCUUGGGAGUACGAUGAUAUAAUUCCCGACUAUGAGGUGGGUAAGACAAUAUGUCUGCUCUUCCUGUCACUGCGGUACCACAACAUGAAUCCAGAUUACAUACAUAACCGGAUCAAGGAACUUGGGAAGAAAUAUGAACUUAGGGUUCUAUUAAUACAGGUAGACCUCAAAGAUCCACAUGUAGUAUUAAAAAAUUUAACAAGAAUAUGCUUGCUGACGGACUUAACUCUAAUGUUGGCAUGGAAUCCAGAGGAAGCAGCCAAGAUUAUUGAAAAUUACAAGAUUUAUGAGAAUAAGCCACCUGACAGGAUCAUGGAGAAGAUCGAAAAUGAUCCUCAUCAAAAGGUUGUAAAUGCCUUAACAACAAUAAAACCAGUGAACAAAACGGAUGCUAUGACUUUAAUAUCAAUUUUUGGAACAUUAGAAAAUAUAAUAAAGGCGUCGGAAACUAGAUUAGCCGAGUGUCCAGGAUUUGGCGCGACGAAAGCUAAAAAGCUCUACAAGGCAUUGCAUGAACCGUUUUUAAAAAGAGGUAACAUUAAUAAGAAUAAAAAUAUCAAUGAUUUCGAGGGAGAUUUAAGUAUAGAAGACAUUGAAAAGUUAGAAAGUGAAGUAGAGAAAGAUAAUGAAGUCAAACAACAGAACUGUGAAGAAAAUCCUACAGAAAGCUGAUGCAACUUAUAGCUACUAGAUGGCACUAGUGCCAUGUAUCGAAGUAUUGUUUUAUCAUAAAUUAUUGUGGGUACUUCAAGUGUGUAAAAUCAAACGCAAUGAAUCAAUUAUGUGAAUAAAUUGUAAAUGUAAUAAUGCAUAAAUAAGGCUCAACACUAGAUCAUUAUAAUAUUAACAACUUUAUUUUCUAAGGAAAUGUGUUGUUAAAUAGUAAUCUUCUAUUUUGAAUUUUUAUAAUGUUAAACCAUGUUUUGUGUGAUAUUUGUGGUUCAUGUUUGUCCGUUGAAUCUGUUGAUACCUACUAUUAUUUAUUUUGUUUUCCAAUACACCGUAGCGGGCUACGCAAUCAAUAAACUGGUUAUAAUGCGGCUAGUAAUUUUUUAUCCUCACCUAAUUUAAAAAAGUUCUUAUCCCAUUACAGUAGAAAGGGAUUGUUUUUAAGAGUUCCUUUUUUUGGUAUCGUAUAUCGAGGGACGCUCGGCCGUUCCGCGCUUGAACCGCGACAGCGCGGUCGCGGCCGUCGAGUUCAAAAUAAAAUAAUCAACAGCGAACCGGCUCCGCUCGUGGUUGGACGCGCGUUGCUGUGCCUAGCGCUCUCUCGCCUGCCGGUACCGACGAAAUAAAUAAACAUUUGGCGGGAAAGUUCUAAUUCAAAAUUCGAAUGUGAUUUUUGUUUCAUCCGAUAUUUUUAUCAGACUUUUUUUUUGUUUUGUG